AUGGAUCCUGGAAAUAUUCUGCCGCAGCUGGAGCGCUUGGACGACGAGGUAGACAAUCUCGAGGAAGCCCUCCAGCCCCUCCUCAACAACGUCUCGGACGUCGCAUCCAAGCUUCCCCUCCUGGACAAGGCGAAGCUAUAUGUGCUUGUCACUUAUUCCAUUGAGUCGAUGCUAUUCUCUUCUCUGCGACUCGAUGGCGUCCAAGCAAAGGAACACCCCGUCUUCAAGGAACUUAUACGCGUGCGCCAGUACUUCGAGAAGAUAAAGAACAUCGAAACCCCUCCUCCUCAGAAGCGCGAGCAGACCUUGAACAAGGAAGCCGCUAUACGAUUCAUACGAUCCGACCUCUCUGACAACAAGGAAGUCAAUACGAAGCUGACUGAGAUGAUCGCAAAGGAGCGCGCCAAGGCUGCCUUGAAAAACCCCCAGCUUGGCGAGAAGCGCAAAGUGGACGAGACUAGCUCAUCGGAUGAUUCGAGCGAGGAUGCAGGUUCCAAGGAAACAACCGAAGCCGACGUAGAGCCGGAGCCCGAGAAGAAGAAGGUGAAGAAGGACAAAAAGGAGAAGAAAGAGAAGAAGGACAAGAAGCAACGGAAAGGAAAGAAGAGCAAAAAGUCUUCCAAGUGA